CUCUUCCGGUCACUGGUAACGCGCCCACUCACUCCCUCGCAUCACACUCUCCUCCUCCAUAACUCCCCCCGCGCGCAUGGGCGAUCCCCGGGCCCGCCCGUCCACCGUGGCCGCCGGCGAGCUGCGGCCACCGGAGCCGCCGCUGGACCCGCUCGAGUUCCUUUCCCGGUCCUGGAGCGCGUCCGGGCGCGCGUUCGCGCCCCCGCCGCCGACGCCGCCCCCGGCCGCGCUCGUCAGCCCCAUCGCCGAGGACGCCGCGUGCGAGCUCGAGGACUGCGGGGUCACCGCCGCAUCCGGGAGCUCCUUCUCCUUCGCGUCCGCCGCCACGUCGCAGCUCAUCAUGGAACGGAUCCUCGCGCAAUCCCAGGAAGUGGCGCCGCUCACCUCCGGCCGGCUCUCGCACAGCAGCGGCCCCCUCAACGGCGGCGGCUCCCUCUCCGACAGCCCGCCGGUCUCGCCGGAGAUCGAUGACGCAAAGUACUGCAGAGCAGUGAGCACGCCGAAGCCUCAGGCAUACCGGCCCGGCAACAAGACGGUAGGCCGGUGGCUCAAGGAUCGGAAGGAGAAGAAGAAAGAGGAGACGCGGGCCCACAACGCGCAGGUGCACGCUGCGGUCUCGGUCGCGGCAGUGGCAGCUGCGGUGGCGGCUGUAGCUGCUGCGACCGCUGCGGUGUCAGGGUCCGGCAAGGACGACCGUGCUGCCCGCACCGACAUGGCUGUUGCCUCAGCGGCUACGCUCGUAGCCGCACAGUGCGUUGAGGCCGCCGAGGCCAUGGGUGCUGAGCGCGAGCACCUGGAGGCCGUUGUGGGGUCCGCGGUGAACGUCAGGACGCCUGGGGACAUCGUCACAGUCACAGCCGCAGCUGCCACUGCAUUGAGAGGCGCGGCGACGUUGAAGGCCAGGGCUCUGAAGGAGGUGUGGAACAUCGCAGCGGUGAUCCCGGUGGAGAAGGGCGUGGUGGGCGGCGGAGGGCACCACCAGAAGCACGGCGCCCCGAAGCAGCAGCACCGCAAGCUGGAGAGCAACGGCAGCAGCAUCAGCGACGACGUCUCGCUCGAGGAGGAGAACAACUUCCUGGGCAUCUGCAGCCAGGAGCUGCUCGCUCGCGGCACCGAGCUGCUCAAACGCACCCGGAAAGGCGCCCUGCACUGGAAGGUUGUAUCGGUGUACAUCAACCGGAUGGGCCUGGUGAUGCUGAAAAUGAAGAGCCGGCAUGUCGCAGGGACGAUCACCAAGAAGAAGAAAAGUGUGGUGAUCGACGUGUGCCGGGACGUCCCGGCGUGGCCCGGGCGGCACCUGCUGGAGGACGGCGAGCACCGGCGGUACUUCGGCCUGCGCACGGCGGAGCAUCGGGUGAUCGAGUUCGAGUGCACCAGCCAGCGGGAGUACGAGAUGUGGACCAAGGGCGUGGCGCGGCUCCUGAGCCUCGCCGGCGAGCGGAAGCGCCUCGCGUGACGACGCCGACCUACCCACCCUGCGCGACCCGUGCCGUCGCCGUCGUCACCAACCUGCCGACGCCCCCGCCCGCAGUGGCCUGGGCCCCUCCGGGGGCAUCCAUCGUCACCGCCCCGUUUGUUGUUUGCUAGGCUGUAGAUGCUGCCUGCGAGGCCGUCGAAGGCAGCAACCGAGCGACAUGGGCACACAGGGAUUAUGUAGCUAGGUAGGGGGAUCCUGUUGCUGUUGCUGUUAGUGCACAAGAUUGGGUGAGUCGAUGGCGGUGUGGUUUCUGGGGAAUGCGACGCCGAUGCAUGGGGUGCCAUCCCUCAGUGAGUCAGUGGCGAGAUUAGGAAGAUGCAAGGGCAGCAGCGCUCGCAGAUCUCUGCCUGUGCUCUUCCCUCUUGCUCUGUCUCUCUUGUAAGUUUUGCUGCUGCUGCUGCUGUUUUUUUUUCUUCCUUUUCUGGUUUGGGGUGUGGCCAUACUGGAACUGUAGCUGGCAAAAGAUAAGUGCUUUGUUCUGCUAGUAGCAGUAACUCUGUAGUUACCGUAGUAAUCACCGGGUAAAUUAAGCACAUGUUCAUUUCCAUCCCA